ACCACCAACGCCCUGAUUGAAAGACGGACCUGCUAACCCCUGACCCACAGUGUCUUGAGCCUGACGGAUGUGUUUCAGCUCAUCGGUAUCCUUUUUAUUUUGGUGAAUUUGAGAAAAAAAUGAGCAAGGAACACAACACUUGAGCAUUACCCUGACCUGAAACCAAAUCUUUAUCUUGAAAUGUAGCGUUAUGCUAAUGUUAAACAUGAGCCAGAUAACAUUUCUACUCUGUUUGAAAAGGGACACAUUUUACUACCAGCUCUACCAAAAGGUGUGUGUGUGCGUGUGUAUGUGUGCGUGUGUUCUAUCUUUUGUGAAGUAGAAACAAGGAAGUGUUUGUGCUAUUUUAAUCUGCCAUCUGCUCGCCACUCAAACCAAUAGUUUUAAAAUCCGCUCAAUGUGACAGACAGCAGCACAGGAAUAUCCGUGACUUCAUAAUAUCACUCGCUGCUUCAUUGUGCGCGUGUUAGAUAUACUGUCCCACUGAAAGGGCUGUAUGACAGAAUGAAAAGCUUUUAAACUGGGGGUUAAAUCAACUGCGUCUCUGUUGAUGAUGUAGUUGGUGCGAAGGCUUUUCCUUUCAGAGUAUCAUUUGACACAAAUAUUAAAGUGUGUAUCCGAUUAUCUUUAAACGGUACACACACAUACAGAGGCAAACACCAGCUGCCGCGCCGCUUUAUGUUCUAAUACGCAUACUCAUUAAUGCAUCGCUUAGCAACGGCAGAUGGUUGCCUAGCAACAACAUAACCAGCCAGCGUGUUGGGUGUGUUCAAAAGUCACGUGUGUGUGUGUGUGUGUGUGUGUGUGUGUGUGUGUGUGUGUGUGAAUAAUUCCACUGCAAAUCGGGAAAAUGAAACAUUCUGCAGAGUCGGCUAUUUAAGAGCAGAAUACUCAAACGAUUCCCUCUCUAUUUGUAUAAUAUCUAUUUUAUAUUGCUGUGAAAACGUCUCCUUCAAACAACUGUAUACAUGUUUCAGUUUCUCACAUUACAUUAGAACACAUCAUGAUAACGUUAUAAUUGGCUUUUGUUACUGAACAACGCAUGAACGCAUCACAAUGUAACUGAAUGGAACCUGUGUACGUUAGCCGUUAACGGUGCCGCCACGGUGGGGCGGCUGUGGCUCAGUGGUCCUGCAAUCUGAAAAUGUGCUGUUCGAUUCACGCCACCUUCAGCCUAUGCUGCUGUGUCCUUGGGCAAGACACUGAAUGGGUGUGCUCUCCUGUCAAUUUCAACACAAAUGUGUUGUUCACAAUGUCGCAUCAGGGAUCUGCGAAUAGAAAAGCAGAUUUUGUUUUUUACUGGAUAUUGGCUGAUGACGAUAGGCAGUAAAACUUCUGAUGGUUAAACUGUGUAACAGUGUGUCGAUCCGUCGAACCCCAAAUAAAUUGUUACUCAAUAGUGUAGAUGUAGAUUGUAUUUGUGGUGGUAGCUGAGCAAUGUGCAGUUAUCAGUAGACCCUUCUCUCUUUCUCCGGGACAUAUAAACAGAUCAAAAAUGAUGGUGACGAAGUGACUACUCGUUGGGAUAGUUGAUGAUCUACUGUAGCUGCAGAAGUGACGCCUACCACACCAGCUACCCAAGAACAUGAAGCCAGUCAAUAGCUCUCUGAAUUUCCAUCGGGAUAAUAAUUUCACUGAACAUUCAGAAGACGUACUGUAUGGUCCAUCAACUCCUGUCUCAGAUAUUUUCAAACCAAUAUUUGCUUCUUCUGUGGACCAGUUAAUGCUCCAACAUGUACUAAUAAAACAAAAGCUAAUAAGCUACUGUAGCUUCCUCUAUUGUGCUCUCCGGUCCGCACUGUCCAGAUGGUUUGUUGCUUCUCUACUGCCAGUAACGCUUGGUAUCGAUGCUCAAUACCUUUUAAGGUAUCCAACGAAAUAACCCAGUAACGGGUAGUAUUGUAAUGUUAAAGGUUUUUAGAGGGAUUUUCCUGUGACGAUGUGAGGUCUCGGGACAAAGGAUGUCGUAUGUGUACAUAUUGUAAAGCCCUCUGAGGCUAACCCUCCCACCUUACAGACCCAACUCAUUUUCGAAAGCAACCCACAAAACUGCAUCGGUUUUCACCCCGAGGGUCUCAUUUCAUACAUUUCUUUUACAAACGAAAACUUCAAAAAUAGUUACCGGUUAUCUUGGCUUAGCAUAAAUACUGGAAAAGGGUGGGUGAUGGUUAGCCCGGCUCGGUUACAAGGUUCGUCAAAUUUGAGAAUGGAAAACAUUUGGACGUGUGCCGUUAGAAAGAAGUGAUCAAUUUACCAGAACCCCUGUUGCUGCUUGAUGCCACCAGCAUAAGGUGCCGGGUUUUUGAAGUCAAGGAUGUUGGCGUUAAAAAACUAAACCAGAAGAUAUCUCUGGUUCCACAUCAUCAAUUCUAAGUACCAAAGGAGCUCUGAUCAGCAACGAGGUGUCGCUUGGAGAACUAAUUCUCCACCAAGACAUGACAUCUUAUUUGAAUCAACAAUAACAGGAGGUCAAGCAGUGUUGACAGGAAGCGUCUGUGUGUUUGUGACUUGUCGACGUGAGCAAACAUGUUCCGAAACAGUCUGAAGAUGUUGCUGGGAGUUAAAACCCGCAAGACCAAUGGCGGCAGUGGAAUAGAGUCUGAGGGGUCAGAGGUCAGGAUGAUGGAAGGAUUCAGUCGCUCGCUCCCCUCUUCUCCCCUCCUCAACCUUCGUCUGGUAAAAAGAGCCGGUGAGGAGCAGGAAUUAGGACCGCCACCCUCAGUAGAUGAGGCGGCUGAUGCUCUGAUGACCAGGCUGGGCUUCCUGCUGGGGGAAAAGAUAAUCAGUGGAGAGCCGGGGUCCUCUUGCCACGCCCAGGAUGAUGGACAGAGGAUCUCUCCUUCCUCCAGUCUGGCCAGUAGCAGCACCUCCCCUUGUUCCACACUGCAGCCUCCUGCUGGAGGGGAGGGCAACAACAAUGACAAGCAUGCCUCCAACCACGCCGCUGUCACUUCCCCCACCUCAACACUGGAGAGCAGAGACAGCGGCAUCAUAGCCACAUUGACCAGCUAUUCCGCUGAGUCGGCAGCAGAGCGGGACGACAGCGCUAAGUAUGCUGUCGACGGUUGCCGUGGCAGCAGUCUGAAUCUUUGGCAACAAGGGGUCCGGCCUGUGGUGGCCUCCAACUCCUCUUCCUGUAUGGUAGCAGUAGGAAGCGCGGGUGACGGCUUCCUGUACACGGAGGAGGACAUCAUGGCCGCCUCCACUUAUAGCCUCAACAAACUCCACCCUGACUGGGCCCCUGGCUCCGCCCGCUCGUCAGGCUCCACCCACUCCAUCCCUCUCUACCUCAUGCCCCGCCCUAAUUCAGUUGCUGCCACCAGUUCUGCCCACCUUAAAGAUCUCUCCUAUCUGGAUGAGCAGCAGAGACACAUCCCUUCAAGGACGUCCCUCAGAAUGCCCAGGCAGAAUUCUGGGAGUCGUAGUCAACAGGACCACAGAGUUAGUUUCACUCCCUCCCUCAACCUGAAGCCCCUCAACUUCCAGGUACCAGGUCUCUCGUCUGAUUGGCUCUUCACCGGCAGGGAGUGGCUCUUCCAGGAAGUGGACACUUGUCUUCGUAGUGGCGACCCGGCAACCAGUCGGGGCGUAGUGAUUGUGGGCAACAUGGGCUUCGGCAAAACGGCUAUCGUCGCCCGUCUGGUGGCGCUCAGUUGUCAUGGAAACCGCAUGUCUCCAACUGCCACCAGCAACCAGACCGCGGCUAAACAUGCAGAGGCCGUUUCUUUCUCCCACGACUCCCUGGGAAGAGGAGGAGGGGGAGACGAAGGAGGUGGAGGAAGCUGUCCGGGGACUCCGGAGAUCAGGAGGAGACAAGAGGAGGCACUGAGGAGACUUGCAGCACAGGUAGUCGCGUAUCAUUUCUGUCAAGCUGAUAACUGUCACACCUGCCUGGUCCCGGAGUUCGUCCACAACAUGGCGGCGAUGCUAAGUAACGCCCCCCAGCUGUCGGCCUAUCGGGAGCUGCUGCACCGCACGCCACAGCUACAGAGCACACUCAGUCUGCGUUCCUGCAUCCAGGAUCCGAGCGCCACCUUCCAGAAAGGAAUACUACAACCACUGGAGGCUCUCUACAGAGAGAGAAAGUUGCACAUAGACGGGGCGGGGCUUAUUAUACUGAUUGAUGGGCUGAAUGAGGCAGAGUUCCACCGGCCGGACUAUGGCGACGCACUGACUUCCUUCCUUUCCAGAAACGUCCAGAAAUUUCCUUCCUGGUUGAAGGUCAUAACCACUGUCAGGACCGGUCAGCAGGACAUUGCUCGUUCUCUACCUUUUCACUGCAUCUCUCUGGACAGGAUGGAGGAGAACAACGCCAUAGACCAGGACCUGCAGGGUUACCUAAUGCAGCGUAUCCACAGCAGUGCAGAGAUCCAGAGCAAUGUGUCGCUGAGCAAUGGUCGCCUCGACAACACGGCGCUGGCCAAGCUGAUCGGCCACCUGAAGAGCCUCAGCAAGGGCUCGUACCUCUAUCUGAAACUGACCCUGGAUCUGAUAGAGGGUGGAUACCUGGUCCUGAAGAGUUCCAGCUUCAAGGUGGUCCCCGUGAGUCUAGCAGAAGUCUACCUGCUGCAGCUCAACAUGCGGUUUCCGACCCAGUCGUCCUUUCAGAGAGUUCUGCCGCUGCUCAACGUUACUGUGGCGUCGCUGCACCCACUGACCGACCAGCAGCUGUUCGAGGUGGUGAACGCCAGCGCUCUGACCGGCGGGACGCUGCACUGGGGGGAGUUUGCGCACCGUCUGGAGCAGCUCUCCUCCUUGCUGCUGUGGCUGAGCGACGGCAGCAGGAUGCUAAACCAUGCCUCCUUCAGGGAGUGGCUGAUGUGGAGAGAGGAGGGUCAGGAUGACAGGUUCCUCUGCGACCCCAGGAGCGGUCACACUCUCCUGGCAUUCUGGCUCUGCCGACAGGAAGGAAAGUUGAACCGACAGGAGACGCUGGAGCUUGGACAUCACAUCCUGAAGGCUCAUAUCUACAAGGGUCUGAGUAGGAAACUUGGCGUUUCCUCUUCAGUUCUUCAGGGGCUGUGGCUGUCCUACAGCACGGAGAGCCUGAGCCCUGCUCUCUCGUCGCUGCGCAAUCUUUACACCCCCAACAUCAAGGUGAGCAGGUUGCUGAUUAUGGGCGGGGCUGAUGUGGAUGUCCGUAGCGAUGUCCUCAACAACGCCCCCCUGCUGUGUGUCCAUGCUCACCUGGGCCACAGUGAUGCCGUGGCGCUGCUGCUCGACCUUGGCGCCAAAGUGGAUGCUCAGUCACAGGACGGUUUGACCGCACUGGGAUUCGCCGCAGCGGCUGGACAUCUGGACAUCGUCACCAUGCUGAGUCAGCACACAGCUAAGGCCGGCCAUGUGGACAGCUCGGGCCGGUGCGUGCUAGUGCACGCGGCUCAGCGGGGCCGCCUCGAGGUGCUGCGCUUCCUGUUGAGGCGCGCGGACUGGAGCUGCUCUUCCUGCUGCGGCCAGAGGGGGGCGAGCCGGUGCCAAGCAGUGCAGCAGGCUCUGAUCGCAGGGGCCAGCGCGGGUCACGCUGAGGUCGUGUCGUACCUCCUGGAUCUUCCGGAGGAAGACGAGGAUGAGGAGGAGAGACCUGAGAUCAACACACCCGACAGUCUGUGGGGAGAGACAGCUUUGACGGCAGCGGCAGGAAGCGGCCGGCUGUCUGUCUGCCGCUUGUUGUUGGAUCAGGGGGCUGCCGUUGAGCAAUGCAACAGGCGGAGUAUGGCUCCCCUUUUUAGCGCUGUGAGACGUGGCCACUUGCAGGUGGUGGAGCUCUUAUUGAGUCAUGGGGUGGAGGUGAACAUGGUGGACCAGCAGGGUCGAACAUCCCUGAUGACGGCAGCCUCGGAGGGACAUAUAACCACAGCCCAGCUGCUACUGGAUCAUGGAGCCUCUCUCGACCAGACUGACAGGGAAGGCUUAACACCACUGAGCUGGGCGUGUCUGAAAGGCCAGCUCCCAGUGGUCAGAGAGCUGGUGGAGCGAGGUGCAGCCACAACCCACGUCGACCGCAGCGGACGGACACCUCUGGAUCUGGCAGCGUUCCGCGGUGACCCAGAAGUGGUGCAGCACCUGGUGGAUCACGGUGCGUCGGUGGAGCAUGUGGACUGCAGCGGCAUGCGUCCUCUUGACCGGGCGGUCGGCUGCAGAAACACUUCGGCCGUCAUCGCUCUGCUCAAAAAGGGAGCCAAGAUAGGACCAGCGACCUGGGCCAUGGCAACCUCUAAACCAGACAUCUUAAUGGUUCUGCUCAGUAAACUGAUCCAAGAGGGAGAUCGACUGUACAAGCAAGGUAAAGUGAGGGAGGCUGCUCACUCCUAUCAGUCGGCUCUCCAGAAGUUUCCCGGGGACGGGCUGAAGACGUCCAGACAGCUGAGGGUGUGCGUGCUGCUCAACCUGUCUCGCUGCCACCGCAAGAUGAACGAUUUUGGCCUGGCGGAGGAUUUUGCCACCAAGGCGCUUCAGCUGAAAGCUAAAUCCUACGAAGCCUUUUACGCCCGAGCCCGCGCCAAACGUGGACGCAGACAGUUCCAUGCAGCCCUUGAGGACCUGAUUGAGGCCAGCCGCCUAUGCCCUUCCAACCGGGAGAUCCAGCGCCUGCUGUCCCGGGUCAAGGAAGAGUGUCGGCAGGCCGCACAACAACACGACUCUCCACCUCCUUCAUCACAUGCGGCCAUGUCCAUCAACGAGGCCAGGUGCAGAGACUCAGGUUGUCUGCAGGUGCUGGACAGGGAGGGGCUCACUGAGGAAGAGGAGGAGGAGGAGGAGGAGGAAGAAGACGAAGAAGAAGAAGAAGAAGAAGAAGAAGAAGAAGAAGAAGAGGAGGAGGAGGAGAGUCAAAGGGAAGGAGAUGCUCAUCCUCACCCCCCCUCCUUCCACCCUGCACCUGUGGUUCAAAGUCUCGACGCUCACUGCCACCCUGGUGUGCCAUCCCCCUCCUCACUCUCCCCCACUCACCUGUAUCGUCACCUCCCGAGCCCUGCACACUCCCCCUCCUCAGAGCCCUGUAACCCUGCGCCUCCUCCUCAGUCCACCUCCUACCACCAUUUCAUCCCUUCACAGCGACUCAGCCAAAUGUCAGAAAGUAUGCCUGCGUUGUCAGGAAAUGUAGGUCUGCACUACCAUCCGCAGUCUGUCGCAGCCCACCACCACUCAGACCAGAUCCAAGGGGUGCAGCAGCAACACCACCACCUGUCCAAUCAGAGAUCCUUCCAAAAGCAGAACCCCGUUCAAGGCCAGUGGCUCCAAGCAGCCAAAGUCCAGGUGGUCCGAACCAGUCAGCCCAGUUCCUCUUCCCAUUCGAGCAUGAUUUUGGGAAGUUCUGCUUUCUCCCAGUUUGGCCAACUGCCACAAGAACUGGCCGAGCUGGGGGAAGGCAUUUGCCCGAGCCCCUUGGAUAUAAGGCCUAGCCUGCAGGUCCAGGCUGGUCUGAGCUCUGGAUCGUAUCCUCUGGAUGAUGUAGACGUUGACUUUGUUUGCCAGGCAAGACUUGCAUCUGCCUAUGGGAGAGAAGGAGGAGGGGAGAGGGCGGGGAUGAAUCGAUUUGGCCAGGCACGUCACUUCAGUCGCAACCAAUCCAAAGCAGCCUACUACCCAAUGGAAGUUACCGAGGCGACAAGGGGGGUUCCUGAUAGCCUUCCACCAUCGCACGAUUACCAAUACCACCAUCAGGGUGGACUACAACGACCACUCAAUGCCCACCCAACCUCCUCCCCCGUUCUUCCCCCAAGGCCUCUUGUUCACUCCCAGAGUAUCAGCGUCCGUUUCUCCACCAGCAGCGGCAGCCUUGCAGGCGGGCAGCCCGCCAAUCACAGCCCAAGCUUCAGGACGUCCGCCUCAGUCCAGCACAUGGAAGCACCUUCAGAUCUGGCCUCCGUGGGACGGGUCACUGGCUACCACGACGAUCUCUUUCUGAUCUCCUCUCCCCAGUCAGAAACAUACAUGGCCGGAGGCGGGACUUAUCCCGGAGAGGCAGGCCGGUCAUCAAGAAACACUCCUUUUAUGGGCGUCAGCGACAGGUCCGCGAGGGGCUACCAGCAGUAUCAACAACAAGCUCCCUCCAGCUCUGCAUCCUGCCUCAGCCCUUCUCGCUCCUGGGCCGUGUCUUCGGUGGACACCGUUGUCACUUCACCCAGCAAAACCCCCGCCAAUCAAGGAGGCUUCGGUCCGCCCCAGCCAUCCUCCAUCGCAUACCACAACCGCAGCAACAACAACGCGCACAACGACAACCAGCCGGUCUACUAUCCUCAGGGUGAAUGUUCGGUGCAAGUUGCCAGUCAGAAUCCCUCCUACCUGGAUGUGAAGCUGGCCAGAACGCUGCCGGUGAUCCACAGUGACAGAAAGACAGGACCAACCUCUCCUGUCAAACCAAAAAGACCCUUCGUAGAGUCCAAUGUGUAGAGAAAGGUUUACAUGUCCAGUAAAGACAAGGGAGCAGGGUAAUAAAGAGUGAUUCAAAAGAAAUGAGUGCACUCAUAUAUUCCAGUAUUCACCGGGGCUUUUGAAUCUUAAAGAUCGAGUUAUGCUUGAAAUUAACCGAUUUGUACGACAUACAGUUCAUAUGAAGUACACGCUCUCCUUGAAGGUUGCCCCCGAUGUAUUUGGUUGUACAAUUUCACUUCCGCACAACUGGUCAAUGUCGGUACUUUGCCGGAUUGACUGACUCCUUAAUUGUUGAGAAGAGUUAGGGGGAAAGCAGAAGUUAAACACAAACGUUUGAUGAGGAACAUAUCGCUUUUUACAGGUCGGGUCAAUUAACGAGCCAGAGAAGAAGAAAAGAAGCAAGGAUGAGGGGAGUAAGGGAAGCACAAUGAGGAAAUGGGAAGAUUAGCGAUCAGUGAGACAAGAGAACAAAUCCACCAUUGUCACCUUUGUCUGCUGUGUACGCCUUAAAUGAAGGUUUUUAUUUGAAGCGCUGAACACAUGGACAAAGUCACCGCAGGGUCCAGAUUUUAAAACUGGUGUCACCAAGGUUCUGAUCAUUGACCCGGUCCCAAGCCAUAGUUUGAGAAACUAAAAUGAUACUGUCAUUGAAUAAGGACUGGCUUGCUGUAUAUAGCAAAAAAACUAAGUGAUAUUUAUCUUUUUUAAGUUAUAUAUCUGUAUUAAGCUGUACAAAUAUUGUUUUUUCUAACUGUAUAUUCCUUUUGGAUUUUUAUUUUGAGGGUCUUUUACAUAGAAAUGGAAACCCUCUUUUCAAAGAGAAAAAAAAGCAAAGUCCAUUAAGCUUUGCUCAGUUUUGGGUUUACAUUUUUUCCAAUAAACAUCCUAGAAAAAAUUUACUUUUUAAGGUUUAUUCAUUUUUUUUGCGCCAGGUUGAUUUAUUAUUUUUUUUUCUAUGAAGGACUUUUGUAUUGUGUAGUCAUAAAGGUCCUUUAUGCAAACCGCAAGGAUCCCAACUGCUACAACACACACGAUUGGAUCCUUCCCCUGUCUGUAACUCAAUAAAAGCCAGCUCACCUUCGGUUGAACCCCUCCCCCCCAGUGAUUGUCCAAUCAGAGUUUAGCACAGCAAAGCCUGACAUUGCUCUGUAUUUUUCCGUGGUGUUGGAGUUGAAGUAAAAUCAAUAUUUGACAUUUAAA